CACUAUUUGGCUGCUGGCGACACGCUGACCAUUGCAGCGACAACGGCCGCGCUGCUGAGCGGCUCGGCGAUUCAGGCUGCUACGCAAGGUCAUGCUUCCGCCGCCACUCCAGCCACCGACUCCGUCCGCAGCAUCGUCAUAUGGAAACCAAGGCCUCCUGUCAGCCAAUUCGUACACUUCUGUGUCCCCAGUGCGCCAUGACACAAUAUCGGAGGCGUGCAAGCAGCAACCAGGCAUACAGGCGGUAGGCAGCACUGGUCCUGACAACACAGCCACCGGCCCAACGCCAUUUUUGCAGAUGCAUGUUCGCCCGUCGCUUGACACGCGCCGCCCGUCUUUGGACAACUUUGGCAGUCGUUCUAUCAACGGCUACCUUGACCAGCCCGUGGCCACAGCGGUAUACCCACCUACUCCUGCCCAGCCGCUCAAUAUGUCAGUACUCCACCGCCGGCACUCGCUGGCCAGCACCGGACUGCACAUGUCUGGGCGCCAUCCCGCACCCGAGGUCAGCCAGUUUACGUGCACAGGGUUUGAGAACGGGCGGUCUGGAUCAAUACCAUCCGAUGGCGGUACCAAUUGUGGCGGUGGUCCCCAGUUGCUCAUGGCAAACGCCUCCAGCGACUUCCAGCGCUACCAGUUCUUUGGUCAGACAGCCAGCAUGAAUCCUGGACCGCCAGUGCCGCCAUUACCGAUCUCAAAUGCAAGCCUCACAGUCUGCACUUGGUGGUGGCGGGAUGCCAUUCACGACAGAACACUAUGCUCAACACGGCCCCCAAUGCACCUCUGUCACCCCUGGAGCAGCAGCAACAGCAGCAACAAAUGCUCCAGCAGCAACAGCAUAUGCACCAGCUUAUGCUCCAGCAGCAGAUGGGUGUGCGCUCGAUGUUCCCUGGCCCGAUGUCCUAUGACUCGCAUGCCGAAUGCUGGGAGCACUGCAACCACGCCUGGUCAGCCCGGUGCACUACCUCGCCCAAGCUUUAUCGGCAAUGCGCCCUUGAUGCCGCAGCCCAUGCCGCAAUCAGCGUCGGCUCAGAAGCCGAUGGCACAACCGGCUCAGCAGCACACCACCCAGCCGACCCCUCCACCGCCGCAUAUGCGUCGCGCCAGCCACCCAGCGCUGAACCACCUGGCUGCUGGCUUUGCCCCUGGUGGCAUGUCGGUGCCGCCGUCUUCUAUGCCUGGCGGCUCUAGCACAACGCAGCACACGAUGAUGCCCAACCCGGCAACCACGAUCACGCCCAACAUGCCGUUUGCUGACAUGGGCAAAGGCAUUGCGUACCAGUCGCUGCCCAAGGAAGCACGCAUUUACAUUGUGCAGUUCAAAGGCAGGAGGUGCGACCUGUACUUUACAGCUGGCGCCAACAUCGAGGUCAAAAUAUUCCCGGUUGCCACUGGCGGAUCAGCAAUACCCGUCCCUGCCUCAAGCGCUGCAUCUGCAUCCGAUGGAACCGCCAAGCCAGCCAAGGGCAGCGGCGACGUUGUCAAGCCCGGCACCAAGCUGGAGUCUGGUACAUGUGUCCUGGUCGAGGCUGACCGCGGCUGUUGAUCUGGGCGUGAUCAAGGAGGAGCUGACGACGCUCGACGAGGUCAAGAAGUUCAUCGGCCAGCAGGCAGCAGCAAUCGCAGCAGGCGGUUGGCAACAGCGGAAUGGACAGCCACA